AUGAAAAACCAGGAGAAAAACAUCCCAGAAAGAGGGGACGCCAUAUACGAAGACCCCGAAGAAGGAAACAAAACUGGUAUCGACUUUGCUACUCGUAAGAUAGCCAAGUUGCUGAAGCCACAGAAAGUGAUUGAGCAAAAUGGGGAUUCUUUUACCAUCCACACACACAGCACCCUGAAGAACUACCUUGUUACAUUCAAAGUUGGAGAAGAAUUUGACGAGGAUAAUAAAGGCCUGGAUAACAGGAAAUGCAAGAGCUUGGUCACGUGGGACAAUGACAGACUCACCUGUGUCCAGAAGGGGGAGAAAAAGAAAAGAGGCUGGACCCAUUGGAUCGAAGGGGACGAACUCCACCUGGAAAUGUUCUGUGAAGGCCAAGUGUGCAAACAGACGUGCCAGAGAGCCUGAGCUGUAUCCAGCCACAGAGCCCACGUGUGACUGCAGCUUAAUGCUGAAAUCUGUCCCCAGAUGAACAGAUGUUCACCUGUCCUGGUUGGCGAUGGGAACUUGUGGUCAGAGAGAUGUUCCACAGCCGGUACCAGACACUAUUUACUCAGAUUGGGGCAAGACGGCUCUGUUUCAAUAAACCUGCCCAACGACCCUGACUUUUUUUCCUUCUAAA